AAGUAAAUGAAUUUCACUACAUGAAAUUCAACCGUGACUAUGACUACGGAAGAGGACAAACACUAAAUAUGAUUUAAUUGACAAAAAAUAUAUAAAAAACCAGAUAUAAAAAUAGAAAGUCACCUGGAGAAGCAGGUGAACUAAACUUUGCCUGAGAACCAUUGUGGAGUCGACAACCGGUGCCACCAAAUAAAACUUUCAUCUCCACCCCAAGCAGUGUUUGUGUUCCAUGACCACAGAAGAUUUCAGCUUCCCCGCAGUACAUAAAAGCAGUAGUACUAGAAGCAUCGAUUUCCCUCCUUUGUGGCGUCCAUCUCCUUGCCAUGAAGAUGAAGAAGAUCACUCUACUCCUGUAGAGGAGGAUUGUAAUCAGAGGAAGAGCUUUGCAUGUGUUGAGGGGGUUGAUGAUGAUCAGAUCAUAGUUGGUAUUCUUGAUCAGGAUGAGAAAAUGGACAUGCUAUGGGAGGAUUUCAAUGAGGAAUUGUAUCCGGCAAGGUCAACGACAUCGGAGUACGUGUCCGGCAACAUGCUGCAACUGGGUUGUGUAGGUCUUGGUGCUUUCAACUUGUCCAAAUCUAAUGCUGCUACAUCUGGUAGUGCUAUUACAAACCCAGGUAUGGUCCUAAUCGUCAGAGUCUUGAAAAGGCUGUUCUUCCUCCACAACUCUCAUCAUCACAACCUCAACAAACCUGCAAAACGGUGAUCAUAUCUACCUCUCACUCUGUCAUCAUAUUCGUGGUAUUUGUCACAAACAACCUUGUAUAUUUUCUGUUUCAGAACCAAAGCACUUGUAAAAAUGGAGAAUCAAUAAUCAUAUUGUAUUAGCUAAAAUUGUAUACAGUACCAAUU